AUGUAAUAAGUUAAUAUACCUUCACAAUAUCCAAAUGUAGCUUUUGAUAAUCAUACUCCUACGAAUAAAACUAAUCAGUCUCAUUCUCCUCAUUAAAGAAUGUUAUUUCAAUCAUCUUCUCCUAUUUAAGAUACUAAUAAUCAUACACCUGUAAAAAACCUUGGAGAAUUAGAAUUACUCUAUUAGAAAAUUCAAUUGCUCUAAAAUGAAAAUAAAAUGCUUAAAUCCUAAUUAUAAAAUGCUAAUCUACAAAUCCAAUAACUCACAUCUAAAAUUAAUUCAAUCAAUAGUUAAGCUAUAUUCAAGACAACUACUUUCGAAUUAGUUGUACUCCAAAAAACAUUAGAGCAAUUAUAAUAACUAAAAACACUCUUAUAAAAUAAAGAUAUAAAUCCUCAUCAUAAUAAUUAAACAUUACCUACUGAAACUACUUUAGAGGUUAUUAGUGAAUUAAAGAGUAAAGUCAUUUCAUUAGAAUAAAAGAAUAUUAAAUUAAGUAAAGAAAACUCAGAACUAUAAGUAAAUAAAUAUUUCUUUGUUUUAUAGCAUCUCAUUUUGUUUCCUACUCAAUCUGAAACUAAACAAUUUGUUAGAGAAGGUAGAAAAUAACUAUUUUCUGAUCCAAGUGAAAUUAGAAAAGUUAGUAGGAAUAGUCCCAUUAGAUUUGUUAAUCUAAAAGGAAGUCCUAAUAAUCCAUAUAAAUCACCAAAACAUACACAAUGA